AUGUGCAGAGUCCAACUGCUUUUUCAUGCUAAUUAUAUUUCCUUCCAAAUACCUGAGUCUUUUUUAGAUGCAACAAAAUGUAUAGCGGUAGUGAGUGGACUCAAGAAUGAUUCAAGCAAUGUGAAGAAAGGUAGAUCUUUGGAAGGAUCUUGUUGUGCAUCUCUCUUGGUCACUGUUGUGUGGAUUAGGCUCUAUUUGAGAACCACAUAUGCAAAUAACCGGGAUUUGUACCAAUUGAAGGACCAUAUCUUCCGCCUGGAGAUGGAGAAUGAGAAACUUCGAGGCAUUCCCCAUACUGUAGUUCCUUCCUUGUCAGUUGGUGGUAAGAACAUUUUGACACUGUCAUGCCAUCGAGCUGAGAAUCAAUUCAUUGCUAUGCCAUCAAUUGUAUAGUUCUAAACAUUUUUCCUUUGAGCUUCUUGCCAUGUCCAUUUGCAGUUUUGGAUGUCUGGAAACUUAUUGUUACCCAUGCUCUUUCCUUAGGGAUCAAUGUUUGAUAAACUUGCCAAUGUCAGUAACAAAUUUAUCUCGUUGGCUGAGUGAUGGAAUUGAAUUAUUCCUGUGCAUGCUCCUUA